AAAGGAAAAAAGGAAAAAGGAACAAAGAAAAAGGAAAAAAGAAAAAAAGAAAAAAGAGAAAAAGAGAAAAGAGAGAAAAAGGAAAAAAGAAGAGACAAGACACAAGAUAAGGAGAAAGGAGAA